AUGCAAAAGUACGAAAAACUGGAGAAGAUCGGCGAAGGCACUUAUGGAACAGUCUUCAAAGCGAAAAAUCGUGAAACUCAAGAGAUAGUUGCUCUGAAGAGAGUAAGACUGGAUGAUGAUGAUGAGGGUGUACCCAGUUCUGCCUUGAGGGAAAUUUGUUUGCUCAAAGAAUUGAACCACAAGAAUAUUGUUAGGUUGUGUGAUGUGUUGCACAGUGAGAAAAAGUUAACUUUGGUAUUCGAAUAUUCUGAUCAAGACCUUAAAAAAUACUUCGACAGCUGCAACGGGGAGAUUGAUCCGGACACUGUCAAGUCCUUCAUGUACCAACUAUUGAAGGGGCUGGCUUUUUGUCAUGGGAGAAAUGUUCUACACAGAGAUCUGAAACCUCAGAAUCUUUUAAUCAAUAAAAAUGGAGAGCUGAAACUUGCAGAUUUUGGAUUGGCCAGGGCUUUUGGCAUACCAGUUAGAUGCUACUCUGCUGAGGUUGUUACACUCUGGUACAGACCGCCAGAUGUCCUCUUUGGUGCAAAGUUGUAUUCAACCUCAAUCGACAUGUGGUCUGCUGGCUGCAUUUUUGCAGAAUUAGCAAAUGCUGGACGGCCACUGUUUCCUGGAAACGACGUUGAUGACCAACUAAAAAGAAUUUUCAAACUCUUAGGUACGCCAACAGAAGAUACGUGGCCUGGUUUCACUCAGCUACCUGAAUACAAACCAUAUCCACUGUACCCAUCGAGCACAAACUGGCUGCAGAUUGUUCCAAAGUUGAACAGCAAAGGCAGGGACUUAUUGUUGAGUCUGCUCGUUUGCAAUCCAAGCCAGCGGAUGGGAGCUGACGACUCAAUGAAACAUUCCUACUUCUCUGAAAUGAACGCCAACCUCAAAUAA